AUGGCGAGCACCGCCGCAGCCCCAGCCCCCGCGCAAGCCAGCCGAACGAAGCCAAUCCCGGCCGCGCUCGUGCCCGCGGCGUUGGUGCUCGCCGUCCUCGUCGCCGUGUUCUCCCUGCUGCCCUCCGUGGCCCAGGCGGUGUGGGAGCUGCCACACCUCCUCCUCCUCGGCCUCGUCGUCACCUACGGCGUCUUCGCGCAGCAGAAGAACAACGGCGACGCCGCCGCCAAGGACGACGGCGCCCCCCGGGCGUGGAGCUCGCGGUACCGCCCCGACGACCCGCUCGUCGUGGUGGCGCCCGACCACGCGGCGGGCGACGACGGGGAGGACGGCGCGAGCGUGAGGCCGUUCUCCCUGCCGGUGCGGAGGCUGAAGCCCGUUGUCGAAGAGUCCGAGGCCGGCGGCGCUACCGACACCGACGGCGGCAUUGGCGAAGAGACGGACAGCUCUGCGUCCACCGCGGGAUUCUGGGCCGGCACGCCGCCCACCGCUCCUUCGCCGCCCUCUGUCCUCGACGCCUUCGACUCCACGCCGCCGUCCACCGUUUCCAAGGGGUUCCCGGGUUACGAUUCUCCGUCGCCUAAUGACCAGUCCUCGUGUAAUGAAGACGAGGAAGAGGAGGAGGAGGAGGAGGAGGGCACCGACUGGGACGAGGAUGCUGAUGGCUCGGAAGAGAUGACCGCCCCGUCGUCAGAAAGGUCCUUCCCCGGCGACUUCGUUGCCUGCCGCAACCGCCGCUACGACGGCGCCGGCGACGGGGAUGGCGAGUCUGUCGAUGAGGAGCUUGUUGAGCUGGCGACGCAGGCGGCGCCGGCGUGCGGGGACGAGGUGGACAGGAAGGCCGACGAGUUCAUCGCCAAGUUCAGGGAGCAGAUCAGGCUGCAGAGGAGCCGGCCACGCGUGACAUAG